AUGACAAUCAAUUCGUAUUAUCUUAAGGAAGAUUUUAUUCACUCUCUCAAAGAAAAAUUCCAGCUUCGUUGUGAAAAUGAACCGAAAAAGACCACCGAAAUUUCUUCCUUGGAUGAAAAUAAAUCUGGACAGUGUGAUCUCACUUCACAGUUCCUUCAUUCCUCUCCAUUUGUCCACUGUGUGUUACCAGAGUUGAUUCGAGAAGAUCAUUAUCUUGACAGACUCCAAGGAGAAUUGCAAGAACUCACCUUUAAUGAGAAGAAUAAUGACUUGUAUAAUUUUCAUCAGAGUUCAGACCUCAAACAUGCUUCAGGACGACAGAUUGCAGCUCUGAGAAAUCUUUUCUACAAAGAUAUUUUACAAUGGAUGAAGAAAGUAACUGGCAUUGAAUUGUCAGAAGAUGUGGACUUGUUUUGCUCAAUAUAUGAAUACACUGAUGUUUUAUUAUGCCAUGAUGAUGAACUGGAAAGAAGACGAAUUGCGUUUAUUUUGUAUCUUGUUCCUCCUUGGUUAUCAACUGAUGGUGGCUCAUUGGAUUUGUUUGGGACAAAUGAUUUUGGCCAACCUGUAAAAGUGGAGAAAUCCAUCUACCCAACUUGGAACCAGUUUACAUUCUUUGAAGUUUCACCAAAGUCUUUUCAUCAGGUGGCUGAAGUGUUGUCAAAAGAGAAAACUCGUCUUUCUGUCUCUGGCUGGUUCCAUGGACCCAACAUCCCCAGGCCACCAGUUCACCCACACAAUAAGGUGCCACUUUUACCAUGUCUUAUAUUGGAGACAGAUUUGCUUUACAAUUGGAUCAACACUUCUUACCUUGACUUGGAAGUUCAAGCAGAGAUCAGAGAGAAAUUUGAGUUGGAAUCUGAAAUACAACUUCAAGAUUUCUUGACGCUUCCAAAAUACAUGGAAGUGAAUGCAGCAUUCCAAAAUAGCCAACUAGAAUGGAUCCAGUCUGGCCCUGCCAACAGAAGAAAUAGCUAUCUUGCCAAUGAAGACACAUUCCCUGAUGUGAUCCGUGAGUGUUUGCGCCUGUUGCGAUCCGAGAUAAUGUUUCUGCUCCUCUCUAAUCUGACGGGAUUAAAACUUCACAGCGAAGCUGCCGUCAGUGAUGACGAAGAUGACAAAGAACAAAAACGUCCACAUCGAAAACUGACAGAAGUUAGGGAUGCCAAAAUGAACGCUGUUGGAUUUAAUGUAGAUUGUGAUUCUCCUGGGGAGCAAGCAAUGACGACUUUUGCCAGAAACCCUGCCGAGGUUGGGAACAGCAGUUCGACAGUGGAAAAUCUGCCAGCUUCCUUUUCCCCUGAAGCUGAAAAGAACUUGGUUCCAAAUGUGAAAGAAUUGCACCCAGCUACAGAUUCUACAAGCUGUGGAGAAAUUAAUCACAAGUCAGCAGACAAUGCUGAAUUGUCAGCCAAUGAAUCUUCAGUUGCAUCUACCAGUUCCAACUGCAAGGCUCGCUGCAGUUAUGAUGUGCGUCUCUGGAGGCACGGCUGUUAUACACUUUUGCAGGACACAGAUGCUGAAAUGGCAGACUAUGCCUUAGAUGCUCUCCUCUUUUUUGGAUGUGAAAAUUGGCAACCUGACUAUGGAGGCUAUGUAUCAUACAUUGUGAAAGGGGAAGAUGAAGAGCUUCUGACUGUCAGCCCAGCCCACAAUUCCUUGGCCCUUGUUUAUCGAGACAAGGAAACUCUGCGUUUUGUCAAGCACGUCAAUCACCAAAUCACCCAGAUGUCACAUCAAAAUUUUUUUGACAUUUCAUUCAUUUACUAUGAAUAA